AUGGUUGAGUAUAUGGUGCCGUCCGGUAUCAGUGGUAAAAAAUAUGCCAAAUUUCAAAAGGACUAUAUUAAUUUGGCUGCAAAGCAUCCAAACCUCAACAAUGCCAUCCCGGAGUGUCGUGUAUUUCGCUGCGUAGAAAACCAACGGCACGUGGAAUUCAACAUCAUGUGCAAAAGAAGACAGGAUUUGGAAACAUCGUUCAUGGAAUGGGCGUACGAUCUUGCGGAACGCAACUUGAAGCAGAAAUAUCUCGCCUUUGGAUUCCGUUGGCAGAAGAACACCUCCUACAAGGAUCUAUUCCUGCAGUGGGCGCGCUACUUGAUCGCUUACGAGCCAUCCACCUUUCUUCCGAUUGGUUAUGUGUUUUUCCGGUUUAACAUCGCAAUGGGACACACUGCCAUAACCAUUCACGGUUUGCACGUGGACAAAAACUACCAAAACCUAGGUUUGGGUUCAUAUCUGAUGAAGACGCUCGAGGUACUUGCCCAUAGACUUGGCGUUGAGCUGUUGAUCAUCGGUGCGGCUAAGCGAGAUAUCGCCCUCAAAAGAUUCCUCUAUCGAUUGGGUUUUACCGAGGAGAAAAAGGAAGCUUCCGUCAACUCGGAGUAUGAGGUGUUGGUAGCACCGACUCUGUGCUAUGAGAUUAUGAAGAAACAUCAAAAAUCGCUGCUCCUCCAAUAA